CGAGCGGUGAAGCGCGGCUCUGGAGGGGGCGAGGUUGGAGAAGGAGGCAGCAACCAGGCUCCGCUCGCACUCACACUGACCUGUGAGACAAUCCCGACAUCCCUGCAGCUGUGACCGGACUCAUAGAGACACCAACACAUCAGCCAGGAUGGGGACAGUCAGUGUGAUCACACUCAGCCUCCUGCUCACCACAGUUCUGUCUGCUCCUGUGAAAGUCGACGAGGACUCGAUGACUUUGUUCCACGGGGAGGAUUUCCACAUCAUGCUUACCUCUCUCGAGCUGGAGGUCACGUUCCGGAACAGGUCGGCACCGCGGUCGCCCGACGUGGUCCUGAUGCGAGACGGUGCUGUCGUCAACAGCCGGGCCAAACUCAACCGCCAACUCAGCCACCUCAUUGUAGACGCUGUGGGCGAGGAAGACGAGGGCGUGUACACGGUGAAGAACCCGGAGAAGCCCGAGGAGAUCAGGCGCAUCACGCUUGUAGUCCGAGAUUGCUCCAAUGAGCAGCUCAUUACAUAUGGAGACAACUUCCUUAUUCCGCUGUUGGAGGUGACCCCAUUCCUCACCCUGGAGUACAGGCCCCUGGCCGUGGAGGCCAACCAGACAUCAAGACCGGCUCUGGUGCUGCUGACCAGUACGGGCAUAUCCAGGGACGGCUACCAGGGUCGUAUCAGUGUCAACGAGCGCAGCAUCAGUCUCAGUGCUGUCACGGGGGCAGACGAGGGGAGCUACACUGUCAGAUACGCCGAAGGGGCCAUCCUGAAGAAAGUGUGUCUCAACGUCAGGGAGCGCCAAGAGUUCCUGAACGUGCCGAUCGGCAAAAGACUGAAGAUCAACCUGGUGCUCAACAGCUCCUUGGUCCGUCUCUACUACACCCCCGAUUAUGACUCAACGCUCCGCCUGCUGCUGGACAAGGGAGAAUUCACGAUUGCUCAAGAGGAGCUGGGUCUGCAGGAACGUCUCACCCUGGAAGGUUCACAGUUUAUUCUAGAUCAGGUCAAGGCAUCAGACGCUGGCGAGUUCAAGAUUAUUGACAUACUGGGAUUCACUGUGUCCAUCACCCACCUGCGAGUGAAACCUUACAAGCUGGAGUCCCUCUAUGUGGCCAUCAUCGCCCUGUUGGGUCUGCUGGUUUUCCUUCUGCUGGCCUGCCUGCUGUCCUGCCUGAUCAAAGUGAAGAAGAGGGCCAAGAGGGCGGCUACGCUGGAGAAGAUCGCCCAGAACGCUGGCAAAGAGGACGAGGGGGAGGCCUUCAGACAGGUGGUGAAGAACAUCACCAAACUCAGUGAGGAAUCCAAGCAUUCCCAGGCGGACACCACAGAGAAAUCUCAGAGCACGGAGGUGGACAUUAAAGGUCUGGAGGUGUCUUCUAAAGAGGUUGGAGUUGGUAACCUAGAGACCAGUGACUCGGGUGUUGGCUUUAACACCGCCCUCCCACUGGACACUGACACCGAUGUCCCUGAUCAAAUCCCUGACUCUGAGGCUGUAAGCAUCUCUGUUGAAGAAACCAAACCUAGUCCACCACCUGCUGCCGAGGCCAAACCAAGUGCUCCACCUGCUGUGGAAAUAAUGCCCAGUCCUGUAGCUGAAACUAAAGCCAGCCCAACACCUGAGAUUAAGAAAACCCCUGAGGAGGUGAAGCCGGAUGCUCCCAAACAAGAAGUUAAGCUUAGCCCAGCCCUGAGCUCUGAGCCCAAGGCUGGUCUGAGCCCAGCUGAUCCGAAGCCUGCGCCCAGUCCAAGUCCGAGCCCGGAGCCCAAACCAGCUGCUCCUAAAGCCCCAAAAGCUGAAAGUAAGAGCGCCCUUACCCCCACACCCGAGUCACCUAAACCAACCACACCAGAACCCAUCACCAAUGGUGCACCUGAGCCAGGCCUGGAUUCCAAACCAAGCCCAGAUCACACUGAUGCUAUCGGAGGCUUGAGUCCAAAGGCGGCUCCCCCUAAAACCCCGGAGGUGGAGCUGAAAUCUGGAGUUGCCAUAAUAGAAGAUAGCAAAGACGACGCCGCGGCUGAGAAACCAACCACCACCUGAGAUCUGCCCCUGCAAAAACACACCGGAAGCCCCACAGAUCUACCACCACUGUAGACAAUCGAACACCCCCAACCAAAUAAUGAAGAAACCACUGAGGCUGGGGCGGGCGAGGGCUUUGGUUUAAACAUAUGUCUAAUGCCUGAAUUACCUUCAUAAUGGUAUAUCUCACUUGUCUAUAACUAACAUAUAACCUUUGAGACUUUCUGAUUCAGAAACACUUCACAUAACUAAUAAGGUUUGUUGAUUGUUAAUCUUUAGAGUUGUAAGCACCUUUGUUGGUGUGUUUUUAGUUUUUGGGUAACUUCACAGUGAAACUGCCAGACUUCAAUGAAAUCCUUUGCUGAGUUUACAACUAAACUAUUAACAACACAUAAGGUCUUUUCUAACAUAUAAUGAGGUUUACAAGAUUUUAUCAAAAACAAGAACAGAACUAGAAUUUCUUAUCUGACCUGAACUAACCAUCCUUUACAAUUUAGAUGGUUAAUUAGCUUGUGGGUAAAACUGACAAAACAGGUGUGGCUAUAACAUGUGAUGAUAUUAUCUAGACUGGACAUAACCCAAACAGAGAUCAAAGCCCUUUUCAUUACACAGAUCACAUUCAGUUGUUGGCAUUUUGUACAAAUGUGGAUGUUAAAUGCUUGUGCCUGUCCUCUGGCUUCAGAAACAUCUGCAAUACACCAUCACACACAACUAGAACUGCAGCCUCUAUUGAAGCUAUUCCCCCACCAAGGCCCAACAGUCCCCUUAAAUUAAAACAGACCUUAUAGCUAAGGCCACAUUAUGUUUCUCAGCUGCACUUUGGUGGUAUUUUCUGGCUACACCUCGGUGAAACCAAAUUUAAAUCCACUAGAUCAAGAUUUUUAUUAGGAUCAGCAUGAAAUUACACACCUUGAUUGAUACUCACCCCUUAACAAUGUCGGAAUUUAUUCAUCAGGACCCAUCAAUUCCUGGAAUCCGACUUCUGAUCCAGAUCUACAUAAAAAAAAAUUCUUUGGUUCUUCUAAAAUUUGAUUACUCUCAGUGGAGUAAGAGGAAUCUCACGAAAGAAGAAACUCCAGACACCAUCCGCUGUAUGUUGGGCCAGAGGGGAAAAACUCAAUCAAAGUGAAAGUUCAAAUAGUUACAAUGUGCUUGGUCAUUAUCCUUCCCAACUUCCAUGUCUUUAUUGAGGCCUUUCUUUUAUCUCUCGGUCAUUCCUUCUCCAUCUUUCCUUUACCUUUCCCUAAAUUCCCUUUCUUUCCCUUUCCUUUCGCUUCCCUUACUUUUCCUCAUUUAAAACUACUUAAUUUCUUGACGUAGUUAAACUAGAUAAACUAUUAAAUAUUAGAUUUAGUUGUCAAUGAAAAAGAGUAGAUCUGUAGAGUAGUAUCAUUAGGACAAAGAUUUAACUUUUAUAGCUAACAUCUUUAAAAUCUCCAAAAUUGUCCUACGAGGCCUUUGUCAUUAUCACAACAUUGUGUGUCCAAAGUUUGCAGGUAUGUGGAUGCUCAGUUAACUUCACUGAAUCUUAGUUAAAACUCUUUUAUGGUAGAAAACUAAAUGAGGUAUGCAGAUACAGUGUUCACGAGACAAAAUGCAUGUCUCUACUUCGUGUUUAAAAUCAUCACAGUCCAGGUUUGAUGCACAGAAAUCAACGAAGAGCUUUUUGACCUUCUUAGAACAGCACAGUGAGACGACCCUGAUAAUUCAGUCUCAUGAUUGGUGAAAUGUCAACACAUUGUAAGACGUACAACCAACUGGCCUUUUCUCUGUAGCUUUUUCUUAUCAGUAAAAAACCAUCAGGCGAGACGUGUCAGCAUUUUCUCUCAAGCCACAACACGAGAUGGGCUUCGAUGUCAGAUUUGAUACUUAGAUCAGUAGCUAUAAUACAUAAAACUACCAAAAAAAUCUAAAUCAAGGUGCCUCAAAUUAGAUGGAUGAACAGCAUUAGACUUUCAGGGUCAGUUUUAUUAGAACUCAACAAUAACAAUUAAAUGAUCAGAUGAUGAUUAAAUAACAGUGGGUAUGUCUCGUUUCCAGCCUUGACCUGUGAAGAAACAACAAACUGGUUAUGGCAAAUAAGAAAUAUGUUCUUUAUAUAAACACACACACACACACACACUCUCACACACACACACACACACACACACAAAUCUUGUACUUCUAUUUUGACACUCGUUGGCAUAAUGCCCUCACCCUGACCUUAACCUUCACAACUAAAUUCCUACUACUAACCCUUAACCUAAAUUUAACCUAAACCUUAUUCUAAGCCUAAUCCUGAAGCAAGCUUUAACUCUCAAACAGCCCGAAAGGUGAGGACUGAGCCAAACGUCCUCACUUUCCCAAAAUAUGUCCAUAAGGUAUAUGCUCAAAAUGGUCCUCACAAAGACAUAAGUACAAAUACACACACUCACACAUACACCCUCACACAUAUGCAAUCACAUGCACACAUUCACACUCCAGCCUUGUAAAUAUUGCAUGUGUACGCCACUUUAACCCCCUUGAAGCUGAAUGUUUUUAGUGUAUAGAACGGUUGUUGUAUUAUACUUGAUAACAAAAAGAGAAAACUAAUUUAAACCAAAUCCAGAAUAGAGAAUAUAUGCACAUAAUUUAUGCUAUUUAAUAUGCGCUAACAUAUUGAACUAAUUGAAGAGCCAAAUAAUGUAAAAGAAAAUAAAAAACAUCAAACCUAUUUUAGAUCUUUUAUCACCAGUCCAGCCAGACAGCUUACAGUAUCUUCCACAGUAUUUACAUGUUGUAUUAACACAUUUAACCUGCAUCACUUAAAGCACUGACUGCAGCAUGACCACAACAAGUCCUGAACAACAGGCUCUUAUCGUCCUAAACUUGUUUCUGUGUGAUCAGAGGAGUGAUGUUUUAAUAUUGCCAUCAUUGUGUGUGGAGGUUAUAGUGUGAUUAAUUGAUGCACGUAUGUACAGUAUGAGCGUGAAUGAUUUAUGACCGUGUGUGUGUGUGUGUUUGUGUGUGUGUGUGGGAUGUUUGUACAGAACUACCGCCCUCGUGUGAGCUUCUCGGUGUGUUGUGAGUACGGUUAUUCAUGUGCCUGCUUAAAUCAUGUCGCAGUGUGAAGAAACACAAGUGUGAAUGUGUUUAAAAACCACAAAACACACACAAAAAAAAAAUGCAAAGGAUAGCCUAUUGUAACUUUGAGAUAUUUGAGUGAUUCUCGUUUUAUUUAGUGCCUGUUGGACAGUUGGCCUGUUCUCUGGCACCUGUCGACACAGUUUUUCUUAUAGGUAGAGUAUCCAUAGAUGUAGGACGCUGUUUUCACACCCGACUGAACAAAGUGACAUCACACGUUGGCCGGAUGUGCCGGAGAUAAGUGACAUAUCGUAUGAAAGUUGUUGAAAGCCAGGUUUUUGGGUUUGCCGUGUAGCUUAAUGAGCGCUGAGGUGUGAGAGAGGGUGUUUUCCGUUGAUCCAGCCUGUGGCACAGUUCAGACUGUGUGAGUGAAUUCUUGGUCACAGCAGACGAAUGACGAAAGCUUUGAGUGAGGAUCCCUGAGGGUCGAGAGGCGGCCGGUGCAGCAUCUCCAUGUUCCACCGUUAUCGAAAAGAAUAUAGUCCGUGAUGGUCACAGCAUGGGAGUGGUGGAUAGUGCAUUGGUUGGGAGAGCCUCUGGUUUGUCACCAGUAUUUCAGAGACAGCUCCGUCAUAGUGGGAGAGGAGUGAUUAAAUCUCACAGGUGCCAGAGGAAUUCUGUUUUCUUACCCACCUCUGACAACCCACUGUUGAUACCACGCCGACCUCUUGCACAAAGUGAUUCGUCUGAGUGUAGUGUGACGUCCCUCACCUUCUCUCUCCCCUUCCCUUUUUGCACAACACUUCACACAGAUGUUUUAAUAUGGAAAAUAUUUUGUUUUCUUCUUUAUUUCAUGUGUAAAGGAAUACUAAGAAUAAACAAAAGAUUGUGACGUUU